CAACCAGCCGAAUUGAUAUUCCUCCUUAUACUAGCGCUCACUAGUAAUACCGCCAAAUUGAUCUGUUCUCUCCCAUCUCAUUAGAGGGGAUCCGGCUGUGUCUUACGGGAUACCCUUUCGCUGCGCUGAUUGUUGUAGAGCUGAACACCAAAUGAGAUCGACAGAAGGCACUUUCAAGUCCUUCAUUCUUGAAGGCGUCGAUUCUUUGCCUUCCAUCCGUUACCUCUUCAGGUCGUCAGCCAAGCCGAACUGAACUAUCUUCACCCGAUGUCAGCUUCGACAUGGAGAGCAGAGGACACCUCCGCAUCGAUUCCCGCCCGAGUUUUCCCGUUGCUGGCCGACGUCACGGUGCUGCCUCUGCUCCGGAUACUGAGCAUUCCUCGCGGACAUGCUACGCCGCCUGCCUGACGGUCGCGUGCAACUGUACCUCAGCGGGGUGACGUCGCCGUGGCCCUUGCCUUCGCAGCUGCCGACGCGUUUCCUCAUGCUGCGCUCCCCCAAUCGCAUAAUAUGGUCACCAUGCGGCCUUCGCUGCCUGCCGUGUCGAUCCCUGUCGGGUCAGGCUCCGGAAUGUCCAGAAUGGAGCAGUAUCGGGCCAGUCAGGUUCUGAUGGAGGACUUCGGCGGGUACUUUCACUCUGGAGUGUCCGACUGGGUGUGCUUCUGGCACCGCCGAAGAAGUCCUUGGAGGAUCCUAUUGCGCUCCACCAUCUACCUCUUCAGUUGCGAUAUAUGCGUCUGGUACCUAAUUGUGCUGCUCUGCGCUGUCGUCGUCGUCGCUUUUCUCCCAGUCUGUGUCCAUGUACUAGCGCAAAGUAUUGACAAGGCCUGCAAUUCAGGAUGGCUAGGCAUCAUCUCCCUCGCUCCCUAACACACGUUACCAUCAACUCU